AUGUCUAUCGACCAAGUUAACAAGCAAGGAGAGGUCGCACCCCGCCUUCGGGAUGGCGAACCAGACAGUAUGGGCAAAAACAUGGGCAGCAGGCCAGAGCACUCACCUUACGCCAGCCAAGUCUGUGCGGUAUACUUUCAAGGGAAUGGACCCCUCCAUAUCCCUCAUGCACUCCUACACCAGACCGCCGAGCUUGCUUCCCGAGACGUCGCAACAGGCUGUUGCUCUUCGUCAUUCCAUGAGCUUCACUUGAACGACAUCGCCUACGACACCGGCCAUGUCCUUAUCCACUUUCUGGUCACCGGCAGAUACCAAUGCCUGAAGCCACAGGGAGAUACUAGUACCAAGACGUAUACACCCGAGUUUACAACUGCGCUUCGCGUGUACGCCGCAGCUCAAUCAUUUCAAUUGCCCUCUCUUCGUGAUCUGGCAAGAAGAGAGAUGAUCGAUCUUGGCGACAGGUCGAGCUUACCUUCCUUGAUUAAUAUCAUGGAAGAGUCAAGCCUGUUAAUGAGCACUCUGCCGGGAAUAGCCGCGUAUGUUGAGUCGCGCAUUCUUGCUUUUGCGGAGAAUAUUACCCGUCCAACUUCAGAAAAGGUACUCGCUGAGAUCGGAACUCCCAAUACGCUCAGCAUGGUACUCUUGAAGACUAUUCUGUUGCUCCAAACUUCAGAACUAUCUCCACGCGAUGAAUCACUUCGGAAGGAGGAACUGGUAGAGAUUCUCCGAGGCCUCACCGAUACCGGACCGAUAGCAAAAGGCAAGGCCUCGGAUGUGGACCGAGCUAUGAAGGAGGCCGAGGAGCAAGCAGCUAAUAGGGCCGAAGAAAAAGCUUCUAAGGAAGCGGAAAAGGCUGCAGCUGCCGCUGUCGCCGUGGCGCAAAGAAUUGUUGAAGCUCAGGCUGCUGAGGCUGAAGCGGCCCGUGAAGAGGAGGAUAUUGCUUUAUUAUUAGAAAAAAGGAGAAGAAGGAAGGGCAGGCUUCUCAAAAAGGAUCAAGAGAGGCUUUCCACACUCGAGCAUAAUGCCGCAAAGAGAGCUCAAGCUCGAGCUGCUCGUGAAAUUGCAGAAGCAGAGACUGCGCACGCAUUCAGUGCCCCCGCUGAGGACAAGGUCGGUCUGUCUGAGCCAUCAUUUACAUUUCCCACACCAGAUGAUGACUACCCCUCAGUGAGGUCGUCUGCUGACAGGGAUAUUUCGGAUAUCGACCAGCCCCAAGCCGAAGGAGGCGAUGAGAGCUUUCCGGAGCCGGUAUUCUCGAAAAGCUCUUCAUCUAAUGACAACGACUGGCGAUAUAUUCGAUUUUCUCCAUCGUCAGCCUCUGACGACUUCGAGCUGACAGGAUAA